AUGAAGAAAUAUUCUAAUUGUUCAUCAAUGAUUUCUUCAUAUCCUUCAAAUCCUACUGAAAUUAGUAUAAAUCAUAAUUUAAAAAUUUUAACUAAAACAAAUAAUUUUUGUAAAGCAAAUCAAUUAUGUUCGGAUGAUGGGAAAAUAACCAAUCGAAUUUCUAAACUUAUUGGACAAAAUUUUAUGUUUGCUAUAGAAUAUUUCCCAAAUCAUUCAUUUUGGAUUAAAAUAAAUCAAGUGAAUAUUUCACAGAUAAAGAAUUCUAAUUUAGUAAAUAAUUGGAUAGAUGAAAAUUCUAAAUUAUAUUUAAUGCAUGAAUUAGAAUCAAAUUUCCCUUCUUAUAAAAAUCAAUCUAUGUAUGAUGGUAAAUAUACUGCAUAUUAUAAUCAUUUAGAUAAUAAAAUACAAACUACUUUAUUAAAUAGAACUAAUGAAAUUGAUGUAAUUUGUGAAAUAGAAAAAAAUACAAAUCAUGAUCAAAAUCAUUUUAUUCAACUAAAACGAUUUCGAAAGUGUUUGAAUGUAAAUACUGAAGUGUUAUUUUCACCAAAUAAAGAUUUUGAUGGCUGUUAUUCACAAAAUAUUAUGCCAAGUUUACAAUAUUGUGCUUACAGUUGUGCAACGGAUGAAUACUGUACACGUUUCUAUUAUAAUAAUUUAACAAAGGAUUGCAUUAUUGCACAAUAUAUCGUAUCUCUAAUUCCAACUUAUGCAAACAGAACAAACGGAUGGGAUUGUUAUUCAUUGAAUUGAUCUGUUUAUUUCAAGAAUUAUAUAAUAUUUCUUGAAUAUACUUAACAUUUGAUGAAUUACACUUAGUAACAAGAUUAUACUGUAAUUUCCAAUGAUAUUUUUAAGACAUUCCAAUGAUUAUCCUGAUCAAUAUUUAAAUGACUAACUAAUGUACAUUGAAAUUUUCAGUGUUUACGAAUUUUCUGAAAAUAUGUAGCAUUUAAUAAAUAAAAUUAAAAAACAAAAAAGAAACAUGAACAUUUCAUGUUGAUUAAAGUUAUAAAUGAUAUUACCAUUUGUACAUUUUAUUGGCACAAUUAAUCAAUAACAAAGUGAUUUACAGUUUGAGAAGUUUAGUACUUUCAAUAGUAAACGAACGAUUCAAAUCUAAUAAGCGAAUGAUUUAACCCGUUCAAAAAUCUAUAGAGCCUUAGUUUAUUGAAAUCUAUCAACAGAAAAUCAUACAAUUAAAUCUUAUUCAUAUUAAUGUACAUUGAAAAGUCCAUUUGAAACUUAAUUAAUUAAACAUAAGAUUCCAAUAAGUUAGUUUCAUUUAAAGUUGAUUUAUCUCUGAUUAGAAUUUUGUAAUAAUUUAGCCAUGUAUUAUAUUCUAGACACUAUUCAUGAUGAAUUAAAACAUAAUUUGAUUAUAGAGUAAAUUAAUCAGUUUUAUUCACUGACGAAUUGUGAGGAUGGCCUAAGGAUGAAGUCGACGAAACUUUGCAUCGAAUCACUUUUUGAAAGAACAUCCAAGAAUCUCGGUAUGUAGAUUCCCUAUUGGACAAAUGCUAAAGAUCACUGUAUGCGGAUUGGAUGACUAUGAUUAUGAUUUUGGUUUUACUAAAAACUAUAAAUACCUGAGAGUUUUAUAUCAUAUUUGACACUGAUUAGAAUAGAAUUCCUUCUCAUUGGCGACUUGGAGGGUUCUAGCGUUUGAGUGUUCAUGUUGUACGCGGUAUAUCAAGACUCUAAGCUCUAGAGAUAACAUAAAUAAUACAAAAUAAUUAAAAUAUAUCUUCUUUAGUCUUUAUAUUGAAAGUAUCAAUGAACAUAAGAAAUUUAGUUUUAAA